AUGAAUCAUGAUAAAAACUACAAAAGAUAUAAUGCUUCAAUUAAGUCCACCAAUGACAAUGAGGGCUCGAUCCGGAUCAGCUACAUCGACUGCGAACCAGUAUCAACCUCGCCAACAAGACGGAUAAUGCUUCUUAUCCACGGAUUUCCCCAGACAUCUUACCAGUUCCGGCACGUAUUACGACCACUCGCUGAAAAUGGGUUCCGACUCAUAGCUCCAGACUACCGUGGUGCUGGACACUUAUCACAUCCAUCUUACGAUUUCAGAAAGUCAACAAUGGCUCGGGAUCUAUAUGCCCUUAUUCACGAUCAUCUUGCAAUCAAGUCGAAAAUACAUCUGGUCGGCCAUGACAUUGGCGGUAUGAUUGCGCACGCAUACGUUUCGUUGUACCCGCAAGAUGUGGCUAGUAUUAUCUGGGGCAAAUGCCCACUUCCCGGAACAUCUUGCUACUCAGCAAACAGAAGCAUGCCGGAGCAGUUCCAUUUCGUGUUUCAUUGCGUACCUGAUGACCUAGCAUUAGCUCUUGUUUCUGGGAGAGAGAGAUUGUACCUGAAUGACUUUUUCUCUAAGUUGAGUUUCAACGCCAAUGCAAUAUCAGCUUCUGACUGUGAAUAUUAUACCUUGCAGUAUUCACAACCAGGAGCCCUUCGGUGUGCAUUCGAAGUAUAUAGAGCAUUUCAAGAGGAUGCUUUGGAAAAUAUCGAGUCACUGAGGUUGAAAGGCAAGUGUAUGAGGCCGGUACUCAUUCUGAGUGGUUCGGAAAGCCGACAUGCACCGGUGGCCGAAGGCAUGGUGAGUGAAGUUUAUGGUGGCGAUAUUCAGGUUGCGGUGGUCGAAGGUGCUGGACAUUACAUUACGGAAGAGAACCCCACUGGGUUUGUGCAGGCUGUCUUGGAAUUUGUGUCAAAGUAUCCGGAGUAG